UCUGGGCUCAAUUUAAAUGGUUCUAAUAUAAGAAAAAGAACAAAGUAAAUUAAAAAGUCAAAAUAUCUCAAACGCUACAGCCUGUGUCAUACAGUCAAAGAUUCCUCUAAUGCAAAUUAGCGUGCUAAAGAACGAUAGAAACAGUUUAUACAAAAGAGUUCAAUACCUGAGAAUCAACAAAAAUAUUCUCAACAUUAUGGAAUCAGAUACCUACGUCCAGGCAUUCCGGCAGUCUUUUCAAGCAGACUGUCAGACACUGAACCACGUUUGACCAUGGGUUUAGUCAAACAUGACAUUAUUAUCAAUAGUUCGGCAAUAUACAACAGAAAAAUUAAGCAACAAAAGGUACGUCUUCAGUCAAAGUCACAUAAUAAAAGCUCAGGCGAGGAAGACAGAUGAACACAAAAUGUGGUUAAAAGAGAUCUGAAUAAAGGCUAAAACACAUGACAGGGAGAACAAACAAAUAAAUGACACUACUGUCCAACAAAAAACUCCGCCUGGAGUCCCUCCGGGGGCUACUGCCGGUCCCAAGCCCGGAUAAAGAACGAUAGUUGGGCAUGGGGUUAGCGUCCCCAUCCCGUAGAAAACUAACCCGCUAAAAAAACGCUAACCAGAAAAAAUUAUUCAAACCUUUUAAACUCUGCCCUGAGAGUCAGAAGAUCUUCAUUUAGAAGAAUUAUGACGCCUCAUGAUGAAAGCCGAAUUCCUUCGGAAGUUACGAGGCCGAUGCCCCUUCUGACAACCAGAGCAACCAUUUAUUUAGGUACAUGGAAUGUUCGUACAAUGUGGGACACCGGAAGAGCCUUCCAAAUUGCUGCAGAAAUGAGAAGAUACAACCUAGAGGUACUUGGGAUCAGUGAAACACAUUGGACACAAGUUGGACAACAACGACUAACUACAGGAGAGCUCCUGUUAUACUCCGGCCAUGAAGAAGAAAAUGUACCACAUACACAAGGAGUUGCAUUGAUGCUGUCCAAACAAGCGCAAAAUGCACUUAUAGGAUGGGAAUCUCAUGGACCAAGGAUCAUCAAAGCCUCCUUCAAAACAAAGAAAGAGGGCAUUUCAAUGAACAUCAUCCAAUGCUAUGCGCCUACCAACGACUACAAUGAAGACGCUAAAGAUCAAUUCUACAAUAGGCUGCAGUCAAUCGUCGAGAAGUGCCCAACAAAGGACCUGACCAUUCUGAUGGGAGAUUUCAACGCCAAGGUUGGAACGGACAACACUGGAUAUGAAGACAUCAUGGGACGACACGGACUUGGAGAAAGAAACGAAAAUGGUGAGAGAUUUGCAAAUCUAUGUGCCUUCAAUAAGCUGGUCAUAGGCGGCACCGUAUUCCCACAUAAACGCAUACACAAAACCACAUGGACUUCACCGGAUCACUCUACACAAAACCAAAUCGACCAUAUUUGCAUCAACAAAACGUUCAGGAGGACUAUAGAGGACGUGAGAACCAAGAGAGGAGCUGAUAUAGCAUCAGAUCAUCACUUACUGGUCGCCAAGAUGAAAUUGAAACUCAAGAAGCACUGGACAACGGGGCAGACAGUAUCACAAAAGUUCAAUACGGCCUUUCUUCAGGAUACUAACAAACUCAACAAAUUCAAGAUAGUCCUCAGCAACAAGUUCCAGGCCUUUCAUGAUCUACUCAAUGGAGAAGGAACUACUGUGGAGAGCAACUGGAAGGGGAUCAAAGAGGCAAUCACUUCAACAUGUCAUGAGGUCCUGGGUCACAAGAAGCACCACCACAAGGAAUGGAUCACUGUUGAUACACUGGAUAAGAUUCAAGAAAGAAGAAACAAGAAGGCAGCGAUCAAUACCAGCCGAACAAGAGCAGAAAAAGCUAAGGCACAAGCUGAAUACACGGAAAUAAACAAACAAGUGAAAAGGAGCAUCAGAACCGACAAACGUAAAUAUGUGGAAGAUUUAGCAACGACGGCGGAAAAGGCUUCAAGAGAAGGAAACAUGAGACAAUUGUAUGACACGACAAAGAAGCUCUCUGGAAAUCGCCGCAAACCAGAACGACCAGUGAAAAGCAAGGAAGGCAAGGUAAUCACCCACAUUGAAGAGCAACAAAACAGGUGGAUAGAACACUUCAAAGAACUCUUGAAUCGACCAGCGCCACUGAACCCACCCAACAUCGAAGCAGCACCCACGGACCUCCCAAUCAAUGUUGGCUCACCAACAAUUGAAGAAAUCAGCAUGGCCAUCAGGCAAAUCAAGAGUGGCAAAGCAGCAGGACCGGACAACAUCCCAGCAGAGGCACUAAAAGCAGACGUAGCGGCAACUGCAAGGAUACUCCACAUUCUCUUCGAUAAGAUUUGGGAUGAGGAACAAGUACCAACAGACUGGAAAGAAGGACUUCUGAUCAAAAUACCGAAGAAAGGCGAUCUCAGCAAGUGUGAUAACUACAGAGGCAUCACUCUUCUCUCAAUACCGGGAAAAGUCUUCAACAGGGUAUUGUUAAACAGGAUGAAGGACUGCGUAGACGCCCAACUUCGAGACCAACAGGCAGGAUUCCGUAAGGAUAGAUCGUGUACAGACCAAAUCGCAACUCUACGGAUCAUUGUGGAACAAUCAAUUGAAUGGAAUUCAUCACUCUACAUCAACUUCAUUGACUACGAAAAGGCAUUUGACAGCGUGGACAGAACAACACUAUGGAAACUUCUUCGACACUACGGCGUGCCUCAGAAGAUAGUCAAUAUCAUACAGAACUCAUAUGAUGGAUUACACUGCAAAAUUGUGCAUGGAGGACAGUUGACAAAGUCGUUCGAAGUGAAGACCGGUGUUAGGCAAGGUUGCUUACUCUCACCGUUUCUCUUUCUCCUGGUGAUCGACUGGAUCAUGAAGACGUCAACGUCUGAAGGAAAGCGCGGGAUACAAUGGACAUCUAAGAUGCAGUUGGAUGAUCUAGACUUCGCAGACGAUCUGGCCCUUCUAUCCCACACGCAACAACAGAUGCAGGAGAAGACAAACAGCGUGGCAGCAGCCUCAGCAGCAAUAGGUCUCAACAUACACAAAGGGAAAAGCAGGAUUCUCCGAUACAACACAGCAUGCACCAAUCCAAUCACAAUUGACAGAGAAGAUUUGGAAGAUGUAAAAACCUUUACAUAUUUGGGCAGCAUCAUUGAUGAACAGGGUGGAUCUGAUGCAGAUGUGAAGGCGCGGAUCGGCAAAGCAAGAGCAGCAUAUUUACAACUGAAGAACAUCUGGAGCUCAAAGCAACUGUCAACCAACACCAAGGUCAGGAUUUUCAAUACAAAUGUCAAGACAGUUCUACUGUAUGGGGCAGAAACCUGGAGAACUACAAAAGCCAUCAUCCAGAAAAUACAGGUGUUUAUUAACAGUUGUCUACGCAAAAUACUUCAGAUCCAUUGGCCGGACACUAUUAGCAACAACGUACUGUGGGAGAGAACAAACCAGAUCCCAGUGGAGGAAGAAAUCAGGAAGAAGCGCUGGAAGUGGAUAGGACACACAUUGAGGAAAGCACCGAACUGCGUCACAAGACAAGCCCUCACAUGGAAUCCUGAAGGUCAACGGAAAAGAGGAAGACCAAAGAACACAUUACGCCGAGAACUGGAGAUAGACAUGAGAAAAAUGAACAAGAAUUGGAUGGAACUAGAAAAGAAGGCCCAGGACAUAGUGGGUUGGAGAAUGCUGGUCAGCGGCCUAUGCUCCAUUGGGAGUAACAGGCGUAAGUAAGUAAGUAAGUAAGUACUGUCCAACAAAAUGCUAUGGGGGGAUUUUCAACGUCUUUUGUUCGUUACAGAGUUAUUCGGUUGCAUAUCUUACGGAAGUGACUGUACGUUUCUUUGAUUGAUGCUCUCGAGUCGUCUUUUUCUAUCUUCAGUUGAACUCGUGGAUUUGAUCUACUUCAUAUCUCUCUUCUAUCUGUUAGGGCUGGUCUAUAAACAGGCUUUAUAUAUUAUUAUCAGCAACAAACAUUGGCAUAAUGACCACAUAAUCACUUCUCCACCCUGAUGAAAUAUAUGCUAUUUAAAUCAAACCACCAGUGAGUGAGGACUGUAUCCAGUACGGUAGAAGAUUGUUUUAAGUCACACCAGGCGGGAUCUCUAAUAUUCAUGACUAGAGCAAGUGAGAUUGUGGGUUUCGUUGGUUCACAAUUAACCGAGGUAAUAUUAUUCAGUAAAUAUACUCAAGUUCUUUCAUACGUCAGCUUACAUCUACAAUGUUUGUCUAAUCAGUAUGUAAUUAAAAUAACGCGUCCUGAAGCAUUAAUAUAAAAGCUAGGUACAAAGCAAUUGAUAGCUUAAAGUACGGCUGGUAGCUGUUUUCUAAAUUCCAUCAGUAUAUAACGAUCGGAAUGGGAACUAAGAACACAAAAUUGGAAACGGUCACACUUGAACAAAUGUUCAAUGAAUUCACAGAGGUUUGAAAUUAAAGUUACAAAUAUUAAGACUUUGAAAUUACAACUAUAAAUAAGUGGAAUGUUACGAGAUCAAGUAAUCACUUGGCAAUACAACAGCCCAAAAUGAUUGAAAAUGAAACUAGUUACUAAGUAUUUACAAGUAGUAUACAGUAAAUAAGAACCUUCGUCUAAAUUUGAACGAAUAGUUUCACAAUAUUUGGGCGCCGAGUUAAUGUGAGUCAUUAAAGAGGAAUAAUAUAUACUUGUAAAAUCUCAGCGAAUGAAUUUGAAGUAAAUCCAACGUUUCGCUUGGCAAUCUGGUUCAAGCUUUUUCAAGGAAAAAAUAUAAUCAAACAACAAAAUUAUCGAAUAUAAAUAGGUACAUGGUUCUUCGGUUUACUGUAUACUGAAUAAGUCAUCCAAUCAACAAACAAUACUCUAAGAUCAAAAUUAGUAAGAAUCAAAGAUCCAAUACACAAGAAAGAACAAUAGAAUUCUGUUUAUGAAAUCAAAUGUAAUGACUGUAAUGCGACGUAUGUAGGUGAAACAUCAAGGCAACUGAAUGUGAGGGUGAAGGAACACAAACUGUGUUUAGAGCACAAAUCAGCGAUAGCAUUACACUUGAUUGAAUCGGGUCAUACAAUUGAUUUCAAUGGCACGAGAAUCAUUCAAAAAGGAUUUAUUUCUUACAAAGAACAGCUAACAGCCGAAGCUCUAAAUAUAUGGGCUAAUUCAAACAAUAUUAAUAGGAGAGAUGGAAUACAACUAGGUGUCCCAUGGCAACUAAUAAUUAAUAAGUUAACCUGAUCUCCUUUUUGUAAUUUGAUAUAUCUAUGCCAUAGUAACUAAUUGAUAGACAAUACGUUCAAUGAUUCAAAUCCGUUAUCUUAUCUGAAUAUGUUAAACAAUUGACUGGAACAUUAAAAAAUAACACACACUUUCAAUUACAUAUACAUCCCUCUUUUAUUUUUUAUUUACUUAUCUUAUUUAUCUCCAUCGCAUGCAGGCUGUGGCAUUUUUGAUUCAUUUCAUAUAUAAGAAUGAUCUGUUUUCUUAAUAUACACAGACCGAAGUCAACAUUUAGUUGAAUGAAAUUUCUUCUUCUCACAUCACUGGAGUAUAAACACAUCCAGUUGUCUUAACACGUUUUUGGUUCCAUAAUCACAUACCUUGUCCUUAUGUGUACAGGGACAAGUUUGUCUUAACCUUGAAUUUACCUUGUAAUCCUUAAGUCAUUCUAUAUGGCCUAGGAUAACACGACAAUUUUUACCGCGCUAAUUUCGAAAAGGGCAGUGAUUUUUGUACUUGUUGUGAUUAUACUUGCUUUUGGUACUUAUUGCACUAAAAAGCAUUCUUGGUCUACUUUAACUAAGAGUUCUUUGGUUAAAGUUUGAAAUUUUUUGCUACAUUUUGUCCUGGGUACCUGUUUUUAGUCCUUGACUAACACUUGUGUUCACAUUGUUAUCAUUUUUCGUUUUUAAACCUUUUAAAUCAAAUUACAAUGGUUGGUAAGACUCACAAAUGUGGGCAACCAAAUUGUUUGUUCUCCGUUGAGGAGGGAAUGCAGUGUGACGACUGUAAAAAGUGGUAUCACAAAAUGUGUACACGACUAAGUCCGACGGCUUACAAAAGAUGCUCGAAGCCUAACUCGCAUUGGCUUUGUGAGUUCUGCUGUACGGAUAAAAAGGUACUAAUACAGGAGGCUAUGGGCCUAUUGGCUUUGGCCUGCAAGAAAAACGAUGGCGGAAGCACUGAUAACAGGAGUACUGACGAUGAAGAAUGUGUCAGUGUAGUAAGUGCGGCUACUGGACCCAUUAAAC